AUUUCCCAGUCGCCUGGGAGUCCCUCUGCAUACUCCUCCUGAUGGCCAAGCCCGACGUGGACACCCCGAUCCGGAUUACCGUAACUCCCUCUCAGUCUUCGUACUUUGCCGGGGAAGCCUUUGCUGUCACGAUUACAUACACGAAUACACACAUAGCGGAUACACAUACACCCGUCCUUACAUCGAGGGCUCGAGCACACACACAAGUCCACAAGAGGAAUGCCUACUCGAUCAGCUCUGCACCGUUGGCACGACCGCCCACGUCGCCAGGGACACCGCGUCCCAGUGCGCAUCCGACGACACCGACGACGCCGCGAGGAAAGCAGUUAACACCAUUGCCAACGAGUGAAGAAGGAGAUGGGCGGCCAAGGAGGCGAGGUGUCAUUGGGCGUACUACACCGGAGGAACAGAGGAUACCCGGGCUUGUGGAGCAGAGGAGGAAGAAGAUGCUAGCAAAGAGUUUGUCUGUUAGCAUUUCGCUCUCGGAGAGGCCAAAUCGUGAUUUGGACUCUGGGCCGCAUUCCCCACCGGGUGCCAUAUCGGAAGUUGUCUCUCCCAUCUCUCGCCGUUCAGACACUCUGCCACUGGCUGCAUCGCACCCGCAUGCUCGUAAGGUGUCGUUACUGGAUGGCCAACAGAUCAUAACGACAACAAGAGUCUCUAAUUCACCUGUCAGCGCCCCUGCGUCGGCCUCGAGCUCCACGUUCUCGCUAGCACUCGAGCCGAUAUCGGAGUUUGAUUCUGCAGAGUCUCCUGUACGGAAACGAGCGUCACUGGGCAAGGGACAUCCUUCAUCUCCAGCGAGGAAAAGUCAGGCUGAAGUGCUGUACACGUAUGCCUCCCUCGCAGGUCGGGUAGUAAUUGGGCAGGGCGGACCCAUGACAUCAGGUUUAGUCGCUCUGCGAGCGGCCCUGGCUCCGCCUAUGCGAGGCGGAGGCAGCCUAAGUACACAGGCAGCAUCAGCAGCGGGACUCAGCGGCGCUACCCAGACAAGACAUCGCAGAUCGAAUUCGUUGAUGCGAGCGAUCUGGGGUGCUGAAGAUGAGGGCGACACCCCUUUACCGACGCUGGAUAUCCGGCCCGAAAUGCUGGCGGUUGAUCUCAAGCUAGGACCAGGCGAGUCGAGGAGCUACAAAUACACCAUCAAUCUUCCGGAGAAUAUGCCGCCUACUUUCAAGGGUAGGACAGUGAGGUUCUCUUACGAGUUGGUUGUCGGUGUGUGCCGUCCGGGCAAUGUUUCAAGGGUGAUGAAGGUGCCUAUACGCGUUUAUAAUCAUGUCCGCGUGGGGCGCCGACCGAAGCCGUACGAUUUGAUGUGGCCUGUAUCAGCCUCUCAGCCCAAGCCGUCUGUACAUGGCCCUGAUCAAAAUACUCCGGAGCAGAAGGAACAUGGCAAUAAAGCAGACCUGCAGAGAUACGCGCAAAAGCUCCUCACGGCCACACUUCCAUCUGAAGACUCUGGGCCUCAGAUGGGAUGCCGACAGGCUGUCGAGGAACUGACACGCAAUCUGCGAAAGGUUUCCUAUGACAUAACGAAGGACGGGGUCACUGUCGCUGUUUUGACAUUCCCGAAGAGUGCAUAUCGGUUGGGCGAGACAGUGAAUGGUGUGGUAGAGAUUAACUGGAGAAACGGGCGUGGGCGAGUCCUUCAGGUUGUCUCCGUUCCUGCAAUGAUACACCCGCUGACGAAUGCCGCACAGCUGACUGCCCUGCUCGAAGCGCACGAAUCCUUCCCCGAACUUGCGACGACGCGACGGGUCCAUGCUGAACAUCACGCCCGAUUCGUGUUGGGGACUUUGAGAUUGGGAUUUGCCCUGGACAUCCCCAGCGACGGAAGUCCCGCGUUUGAUAUCGUCUGGGAUCGCAAAGCAGGGGGCCUCGAAUGGAAGGUGCGGCUGUGCCUGCUUGUGGCUGUGUCCUCUGAGCAGAGUGAUCUUGGCACGGAAGGCAUGCGAGUCACUGCGCUUGAGCGAGAGCCCGACCACAAUUCCGGAGCAUGGGGCUCUUCGUGGCGAGCCCCAGACAAGAUGGCUGUGCUGCAGCGCUUGCCGCCCGAAUCAGAAAAAAUUCCCACGGCAACCAGUUGGGCGGCAUUCCUGACUGCGAGUCUGCUGGGUUCUGGCGAGGGAAGAUAUCAUGACGGCGACCAGGAUGGCGACGAACGUGAUGGUCCGUACGAUGGCGUAAAGCCGAAUCCGGCCGGCGGCGUCGGUGUUGGUGUCCGUUAUGCUGGUAGUGAGAUCGGCUGGUCGGAGGUCAAGGCGGAGAUGGUUGAGUGUGUUGUGCCCGUCAGUGUAUGGCCUGGAAAUACUGCCUUUAGGCCGGCAGAUGUCGUCUUUGAUGUUUAGCACGUGACGUGUCAUGUACAAGAUCACGUUACCGUGUUUCCCAAGUAUUUCAACUUCAAGCUUCGAGCGUCAACCUUCAACGUGCACUUGCGUAGGAAAGAUCAUCAUCCAUCACA